AUGCAACCGGAACGCAAAUACAGGAGUAUUCUUCCAGGUCCUCCAGCCAACACCUCCUCGAGAUCCCUCAACGACGAUAAUGGGGACGCUACUUCUUCCACAAGCGGAGGUAUCGGCGGCCAGGAGGGGUCCAAAAGGAAGCGCCGAGGGACCGCCAAGGCGUGCAACAACUGUCGGGAGAAGAAGAUAGGGCGCCGCGGUCUGACUUGCGAGUACGUCGCCAUCUCCAAGACCAUUCUCAAUUCCAUCCCUCAGGGAAUGAAGCUGCUGGAUGAAGCAACAGCGAAGACCCAAAGAUACGCGGCGGAACUCCUCGCUAUCCUUCGUUCUCCCCCCGACGACCAGGUUCGCGACGUUCUCCAGCAGUUGCGCGCUGGCGGGGAUGCCUCGAACAUCGUCGCCGCCCUCCGUGGGCAGCUCCAUUCGGCCUACGAUGUCCCCUUUCACGGUACCCUCCAUGGAGUCCCGCCGCCCGACCAGAAUUCGCUCGAGUUCGAGCUGAUGGUGCGUCACUCCAUCGCCUACUCACCUUGGGCUCCGACGGAACUCCCGCAGCUAGACUUCGAGCUCUCUGCGAGGCCUGGCCAGAGCAUUGCGGUGGAGUCCCCUUCGGCGGCGUGA